UUCGCAGAUGUCGCGUCAAAUGUGAAAGACGCUUGUUUUGUCAACAUCUUGCAUUCUGACGGAAAAAGGGGCCGCAAAUAUUUUUCAAACUCAGCCUGAGCAUUGACAUCAUCUCGUCCCCUAGCGACAGUGGUAAAUCUUACCUGACCGCUGUCCUUGCCACUCUUAUGUGCUUCAACAAGUCAAUCGGCAAGGUUUGUGUGCGCUCGCCAACCAACGGGGCCACCGACAACAUCGCCGAGCUUAUUGAUCUCGGGCCUGGCUGGCGGCGGCAGCGGAAGCUUCGUGAUUGCCCGCAGAGUUGCGGCGCCAGAAUCGCGUCGCCAACGGCUCUGACGCCAUGUCUCGAGAAGCUUUGGUUGCUUUACUCAAGGCUGCGCUCAAGGUCGCCGAAGAAGCUGUGCCCGUGCCUGCAUCUGGUCUCAACUUUGAUCCGUUUGAGUAUGGGUACCUGGAACCGGCAUACUACAAACUCGAAGGGUACAAAGAACAUGUCCACCGAAACCGAAGGCCCGUUUUCCUCUCGCUUUCCAAGUUCGACUCGUCCAAGCUCCGCGACGUCGCCUUCGUACAUCAUCUUCACGCCCAGGAUGUUAUCGAUUUCCACCUCAAUAUCAAGGAAAGAGCGGAGGUCCUGCAUUCAGCUCAGAUCUAGAAGGUCGGAAAGCAGGAUAUCAGCGAGUCGACGAAGUUUGUUGCCCACGUGCGUUCUACGCCUGAAUGGGGCUUCAAGUCAUCAAAACCCUGAUGGGCCUGACUUUGAUCACCACGACCGGACGGAAUAAAGACCUCACGAGGAUGUAAGGCAACUGUUUGGAAUGAAUUGGCAAGGGAUGAUUGAUGAGAUGACCAUCUAGCUAGCUAAUUACACAUAUCAAACACCCCGAUGCAUGACUACUGGACCUGUCUAACAAA